AUGAAUCGUAUUUUUGGCAAAGGUAAACCCAAAGCUCCGCCACCAAACCUGACGGACUGUAUAGGAAACGUUGACACCCGGGCGGAGUCCAUCGACAAGAAAAUCGCGAGACUUGACGCAGAACUCGUCAAAUACAAGGAUCAGAUGAAGAAGAUGAGAGACGGGCCCUCAAAGAACAUGGUGAAGCAAAAAGCAAUGAGAGUUUUGAAGCAAAAGAGGAUGUACGAGGGCCAAAGAGAUAACCUCAUGCAGCAGUCUUUCAACAUGGAACAAGCUAAUUACACCAUCCAGACGCUUAAAGACACUAAAACUACUGUUGAUGCCAUGAAAACAGGCCUUAAGGACAUGAAGAAGGCAUACAAGCAAGUGAAAAUUGAUAAGAUUGAGGAUAUCCAAGACCAGCUUGAGGACAUGAUGGAGGAUGCUAAUGACAUUCAGGAGGCGCUGGGCAGGAGUUAUGGCACACCUGACAUCGAUGAGGACGACUUGGAAGCAGAACUGGACGCUCUGGGAGAUGAGCUCCUCCUGGAUGACGACAGCUCCUACCUGGAUGAAGCUGCGACUGCUCCUUCCAUCCCAGAGGGCGUUCCGGGCGACAGAUCAACCAACAGGGAUGGCGUCCUGGUGGAUGAGUUUGGCCUUCCUCAGAUUCCUGCUACAUAAAGAAGUAAUCCCAGCAGUUUUACAUGUAUCAUAGCCUUUUUUUCUAUUUAUCCAACUGACACUCCCGGCCUUAGAGCGCAACAAUGAAAACCAAAGCAUCUUCUGCCUACGAAUGAUAGAAACUGUUCUUAUAAAAUGUCUGAAAUUUUGGGGGGAAAUUGGGUUUCUCUUAAUGCUGUACAGUUUCUGCAGUUGCAAUAAAGUAAAUUAUAUUUUUCAAA